AUGAUCAACUCCCACCAAGGAAAACACUUUUCCAUAUCUCUUCAUUGCCUAGAUACUUAUAUUAGUGGCAUCUCUCUCUCUCUCUCUCUCUCUCUUCAUAUAUUCUUUUUCUUACUUAAUAGUAUAUCAACAAGAUCAGAUCAUCAACGGAGGUUUUAUCUGUCUAUCCCAUCAAUCAAUCUAAUCCAAAAAAGAGACAGAGAGAGAUAGAGAGAGUGAAACAAGAGAGAAAGACAGAGAGAGAGAAUCUACAAACAUGUCCGCCUCAUCCACCGCCUUUUCUCCGGACCACCUCUCCCCUUCCGACCAGCUCUGUUACGUCCAUUGCAACUUCUGUGACACCGUUCUCGCGGUGAGUGUUCCUUGCAGUAGUUUGUUCAAGACUGUCACCGUCCGAUGUGGCCACUGCACCAACCUCCUGUCUGUGAACAUGCGUGGCCUGCUUCUUCCUGCAUCUAACCAGCUUCAUCUUGGACAUGCUUUCUUCACUCCUCAAAAUCUUCUGGAGGGUAUGCGAAGCGCACCGUCAAGCAUGAUGAUGAAUCAACCCAACCUAAAUCAGUCAGUUAUGCCAAUUCGAGGAGCUGAGGAGAUCCCUAAGCCUCCAGUUGUUGCCAGACCUCCGGAGAAGAGACAGAGAGUCCCAUCUGCCUACAACCGCUUCAUCAAGGACGAGAUCCAACGAAUUAAAGCUGGGAAUCCUGAUAUAAGCCACAGAGAGGCCUUCAGUGCUGCUGCAAAGAAUUGGGCCCACUUCCCCCACAUCCACUUCGGACUUAUGCCUGAUCAAGUACCCGUGAAGAGAGCUACCGUCCGUCAACAGGAAGGAGAGGAUGUGCUGAUGAAAGAUGGGUUUUUUGCUCCCGCCAAUGUUGGUGUCUCCCCCUACUAGGAAGUUUUAGUAGUGUUCCUCUGCAUGUGUUUUUCUCUUCUUUAACUGAUGUAAGAACUUAGGCGUCUGAAUUUAAGUUUCUUCUAAUUAUGUGGACUUUUUAUUAUCUAAAGUUUGGUUAAUUUGCGUGGUU